CUAGUUCUUCACGCGUUCUGACACGGACGCGGUUUUUGACUCAGCAUUGAAUUGGAAUUGUGUGUGUUGUUUGUUAAUUCGCUUCGUUCUGUGGCCAAUUUUAUUGGGGGCCAGCUGCGAAAUCAGUUUUGUGCGGUGUGGGCCAAAAAGAAAAAAGUGUCGCAAACAGCCGCAUUAGCAUAAUUGCAGGCCGCCUUUCGCAUAAAUGUGUGUGUGCUGGUUUGUUUGAAAGCAUCAGCAGAAAAAGGCGGCAAAAAAGAGGGGCAGAGAGGAGGACAGAAAACAAAAACAAAAAAACUGCAACGGCAAACAUAAUUAUUUUCGCAAUGCAUUCAACGUGAAGUUGCUCCAAAAACACCGACACUCGGCCAAAAGCGCAUACAACGAAGAAACGGCACUUCAUUUUUUAUGUUUUUUGCAUCAGGAAUAAACUGCAAUACAGAAGAACCUGUUAAACUUGACCUGAGGUCGGAAUCAUAGGGCUGUCAUUAAAAAUAUUGUGAGCCUUUUUUGUGCGCGCGACGCAAUUAACUGACAGCACUUGAAAGUAUGCUACACAAAUUUGUUUCAACUUGUUACUGCAACAACCAAAACAACAACAACAUCGGCAACCAUCCCACGCAAUUUAAUAUAUAGACUGCGUAGUGAGAACGAGCGAGAAGGAAACAGCAACUAGCAACAAGAAGCAACAACGACAGCAACUACAACAAACCAGGAAACGUAACUGGAAUAUAUAGAAAAUUCUACAACAAAAUACAACAACAAAGCAGUAAAGCUGUUACUCCUAAAGGUAAACGGAGCCACCGACGGCAAUUACACCACAAAGAUGGCGUCCUCACCGACACCAUCUCUGGACUCGAUGCGGGGCGGGGCAAACUCGAUUGAAUCGUACGAACACGCCGGCUAUCUAUCAGACUCCCCGCUCACGUUGAGCGGCUCUUCGCCACCGGCCAGCGAUUCGGCCAUCUGCAGUGACGAGUACACGGGCGGCAGCAGUGUCAAGUCGCGUUCCGAGGUGACGGUGAUCAAUGGCCAUCAUCCCAUCUCGGCCUCGGUCUCGUCCAGCUCCUCGGCCAGCUCCUCCUCCUGCUCGUCGUCCUCGUCCUCAUCGUCCUCAUCCUCGUCUUCGUCAUCGUCCAGCUCCUCGACCAGCGGCCUCAGCGGUUGCGGCAGUACCAGCAGCAGUGUGAUCAGCGCCAACAAUGUGGCCAGCAGCAGCAAUGGACCCGGAGUCAUUGGCAGCAAUCUACAGGGCUCGAACAGCAACUCGGGCAUCAGCAGUCUGGUCGUCGGCGCGGGCAAGGGAAACAGCAACGGCGGCAGCAGCAGCAGCAACAGCUCCUCGAGCAACACGUCCGCCAAUGGAUCACCGCCACGUUGCACGGCCUGCAAGAGCAAGUGCAGUGAUGCGGUGGCCAAGUGCUUCGAUUGCCAGAGCUAUCUGUGCGCCAAUUGUGUGACUGCCCACGAGUUUAUGCACUGCUUCAACGGGCACAAUGUGUGCUUGAUCAAGGGUUUCGAGGCGAGCACAAGUGGCACCCCGCUGUCCGUGGGUUCGCCCAGCAACAAUCCGGCUUCGAAUGAAUUUAAGUACGCCAGUUCGCUGACCAUGAUGCUGCAGCAGCAGCAGCAACAGCUUGACUCGCAGCAACAGCAACAGCAGCAGCAGCAAUUGCUGCCGGCGCAGCCCAUGUCGCAGCUCUCAAAGAUUGUGCUGGCCGCCGCCGCCCAGGCAAAUUCCCAGGAGCAGCAGCAGCGAGAGGAGAGCAUUUACGGAUCAUUGCACCCACAGCAGCAGCAGCAGCAGCAGCAGCAGAGGCAACUCUUCUGCCCGCGACACAAGCAGGAGCUGCUCAAGUUCAGUUGCCGCACCUGCUGCAUUCUCGUGUGCAAGGAGUGCAUUGUAUUGGAGCACUCCACAGGUCUCCACGAGCUGGAGAACGUGCAGUCUCCCGGAUUGACGACGGCGGCACCCACGGCCAAUGAGACUGCUCUGCAGACGCUGCUCGCCGAUAUGCGCGGCAAGAUUGGCGAGAUUGUCGGCAUUGCCGGUAACUCUGACCAGAAUCUCACCAAGGUGAAGCUGCAGUACCAGAAGGCGCACAACGAGCUGAACGAGACGCACCAGUUCUUCGCCUCCAUGCUGGACGAACGCAAGACGGAGCUGCUGAAGGAACUGGAGACCCUGUACUCGGCCAAGGUGAACAGCAAUAGUUCGUGGCAGCAGCGCUCGCGUGACUUGAUCGACAAGGGACUGGCCACCUGUGAGGCGGUGGAACGGAGUCCAGCUCCGCCAUCCUCCCUGCUGGCCGAGGCCCUGCUCCUGCGUAAAUCCCUGGAGCAGCAGCUGCAGACGGGCAUCCAGGAGAUGCAGCUGCCCUUCGAGAUGGAGUUCAUGUCCAACUAUCAGUCGAUUCAGGCCGGCGUGCGCAACACCUUUGGCUACAUUCGUGCCAGCACCUCGGACGGUGGACAUGCUGGUCUCAGCCUGACCAGCAAUGGUCACGGAAAGCAGCCACCGAUUGCCCGACCCACGCAGAGCGCCAGCAACAGUAGCGCAAGCAGUGCGGGCAGCGGGCACCAUGGUCACCACCACCAGCAGCAGUCGCAUCAUCAUGGCCACCACAAUCAUCACCAGACUGGCGGACAUCAUCAGCAGCAGCUGCAGGCGCAAUCGUCGCUUCAUGGCUUGGGUCUUGGCUUAAGCGGUGCCAGUUUGUUGGACAGCAGCACGAAUGGAAAUGGAUCCUUUAGCAACGGAGGUCUUCUGUUAAGCGGACGUGAUCGCAGCGCUUUGGCAGUGGAGCAGCAUUUCGGUGAACUGAUGCCGAAGAGAGGAGGAGCCUACGGCGGUAGCAAUGGAUCGGCGGCCAGUACCGUGGCCCAUUACAAUCCGUAUGAAAAGUGGAGCAACGGCGGCAGCGAUAAUCUCUUUUCGUCCGUGACCAGCGGAGGAGCCAGUAGCUCUGCCGUGGCCGAUGCCUUUGCCAGCCUGUCGUCUGUGGGAGGAGGAGCCGUUGUGAGCGCCGGCGGAGCUGGCGGUAGUACCGUGAGCUCGGAAUCGCUGCUCGACCUGACCAACAAACUGCUCUCGGCCACCAUCUAUCCGCCCAAGUCGCAGAUCAAGCGACAGAAGAUGAUCUACCACUGCAAGUUUGGCGAGUUCGGCGUUAUGGAGGGACAGUUCACGGAGCCCAGCGGUGUGGCUGUGAAUGCCCAGAACGACAUCAUUGUGGCCGAUACGAACAACCAUCGCAUCCAGAUCUUCGACAAGGAGGGUCGCUUCAAGUUCCAGUUUGGCGAGUGCGGCAAGCGUGACUCGCAGCUGCUCUACCCGAAUCGUGUGGCCGUGGUGCGCAAUUCCGGCGAUAUCAUCGUCACCGAACGCUCGCCCACACACCAAAUCCAGAUCUACAAUCAGUACGGGCAGUUUGUGAGGAAGUUUGGGGCCACCAUACUGCAGCAUCCGCGCGGCGUGACCGUGGACAACAAGGGACGAAUCAUUGUGGUGGAGUGCAAGGUGAUGCGGGUGAUCAUCUUCGAUCAGAACGGCAAUGUGCUGCACAAGUUUGGGUGCUCCAAGCACCUGGAGUUCCCCAAUGGCGUGGUGGUCAACGACAAGCAGGAGAUCUUCAUCAGCGACAAUCGGGCGCACUGCGUCAAGGUGUUCAACUACGAGGGACAGUAUCUGCGGCAGAUUGGCGGCGAGGGCAUAACCAACUACCCCAUUGGCGUCGGGAUCAACUCGAACGGGGAGAUCCUCAUCGCCGAUAACCACAACAACUUCAAUCUGACGAUCUUCACGCAGGACGGGCAGCUGAUCUCGGCGCUCGAGUCGAAGGUGAAGCACGCCCAGUGCUUCGAUGUGGCGCUCAUGGACGACGGCAGUGUGGUGCUGGCCAGCAAGGACUACCGGCUCUACAUUUAUCGCUAUGUCCAACUGGCGCCAGUGGUAUUGCACAAAUUGCACAGCAACAUCAAUGACAACAACAAGAGCUACUUGGCAGACAGAAUACAGCAACAUUUCAUUUGAAAGAGAUAAAAAAUAUUUUUAAUAACCAAACAUUCCCCAUUAAAUUGUGUUAUGUUAAAUUUGUUAUUAAAGAAAA